AUGUACAUAAAGAUACUGGUAUACCUCUGCGGUAUAGCGAGUACGCUUGUACUUGCGAAUUUGAACAUCAUUCCAUCGCAAGUUCUUCUUCCCAGGACGAGGAUUUACGGCUCCACAGUUACUGAAGAAUUGCUCAAUUUUAACGUGCAAGUAAAGCUAAAGACUGAACAUAGCAAGUGUGUCAUUUGGAGUAUUCAGGAUGACGGGGUUUUUGAGAUUUACAAGGGUCAGCUCCCGGUGGAAGUCGACGCCAAGAGAGAGGGAGCGUGUUCGUCAAGCGUGAUUGUACGACCCGUAUCCACGAUAGAAAAGCGUCAGGACGCGGAUAACGAGACCUCCAGAACGUUUAUCUACGGCUACGAUCUGGAGAACAAGGCCAGGACGUCCGCAGAGCUCUCCGUCUCUGGGCUCUCAUUUAUAGCUUUCGAGACGAGAAACAGGAGGAUAUCCAUUGGACAGGUUGUGACAUUGAAAGUUGUUGGAUAUGAUCACGAUAGAAAUACUUUUACAAGUCUAGAGGGAAUACCAUUUGAAGUAAAGGUAGAGAAUGGUGCGGUUUUGACAGUUUUGGGUUUGGAGAAUGAUCCACAAGUAUCCACAGCAACAAGAGCUGCAAUUUUGGACAUGCCUGCCCACUUUCCAGUUUCCAGUGGAUACUCUGUCUGUACAGAUGUACUGGUGCUCAAGGGUUCUUCCGUUGGAAAGACAAAACUUUCCAUGAGGGUACUAUUGCCAGAGUACAAACAUGUUUCUAUAGAUGAUGUAGAGUUUAUAGUUUCUGAACACAUCAUCGUAGAACCUCACAGGUUGCUUUUAAUGCCAGCAAGUUCCUACAAGUUUUGCGUUUCCUACCUUGAAAGCGCGUUUGCAGAAUCAGAAAAAAGAGUUGUUGAUAUGACAAAUUAUCAGUGGUCCACAGACACUGAACUUGAUGGAGUAAAGGUUUCAAAGGAUGGCGUACUGACAAUCUCUGGAGACUGCCCAGAAACUUUUUUCAGGGUGAUAACCAGAGAUGUCAGGACGGAUGAAACUUUUGGUAGCACCGUCUCUGUGAAUAGCCCAAAAUCUGCCGGUGUAUACUACUCUACGUAUACUAGUGCUCGAGCGUUUUUUGAUGGGAAAUUUGGUGCUAUAGGUGAUUCCGAGGAUGGAUACUUGGACUCUCUAGUUGCCAAGCUCGAUGAAUCAUGCCUACAGAACUUGAGGACUGGAAAGUUGGUCAAGGGAGGACCCGAUACCGUUCCUACUAUAUAUCUUUUAAAGGGAAAAAAGUACCUUUUCGAUCUAUCACUCUUUGAUGCUACAAAUUAUCAGUUUACAUCAAUGAGUGCCUCCACUUUUGUUUGGAAGAUGGAGGGUAGUGGUGGAGCCGCUCUUUUGUGGAAGUCAAAAAAUGAGAAGAUGGUACUUUUAAAGGCAUUGGAUGAAGGAACUGUUGAUGUAACGGUAGAUAACAAGGGUGGACCUGCAUUUUCUUGCAAAUUAAAUGUAACGUCUUCUGUAACACUCAGAGGAUUUUCCGAGUAUACCAUAGUUUCAGACGAUCAGUCUACACAAUUCAGUUACAGCACAAGGCCACUUGUGCUUCCUCUAGGUGAAUCUGUACGUCUAUUUGCAGAGGGAGGUUCUGGCGACUAUAGCUUUUCUGUGGACGAAUCACAUUCUCAAGACCUGGCAAUUUCCCUAGAUAACGGAGUUUUGCAUACUGAUUCCUAUGGAACAGCCAUAUUGUCAGUGCAUGAUGUAAACAACAAAGAGAAUAUCUUCAAAGUUCAAGUCAUUGUUACACACUUGGAGUCUGUACAUUUCAACUCGCUAGGGUCGCCACUGGAAAGGCUUUAUGUGGAAAAGGGGAAACAAAAGUCUGUGCCUCUAUUAGUAAAGGGUGAAAUUUCAGGAUACAAGCCAGUGUAUACAGAUUUUUGGAGUGAUUCAGAUUCUCUAUACUACAAGUUUGACUCUUUGGACGUUUCUCCUAGAAUUGUGUACAACAAAAGAUACAUUGAACUUUAUGGACUCCACUCUGACCUUUUCCAGAGCAAAGCUUUACUAAAGGGUAUUUCUGUUGGGAAGACUGAUCUGGAUAUUCAUGUUCCAACAGAUCCUAGCGCGUCGUCUCUUGUAGUUGCGAAAGAUGCCAAGUUUUCAGAGACCUUCCAUGCCAAACAACGUGUGGAAGUCUAUGAACCAAUUAUGCUUCAUGUUGACCCCCUUUAUCAACUCCCUAAAUCCCUUUCAACCAGCACCUUUGCAAAUGUUCAAGUGGGAGGCAAGGUACGUGUUCUCAUAAAGGGUGGUCACCCAAAGGUAUCAAACCGGGCUACUUUGGAAUGUGAGAGUGGAAACCUCCAUAUAGAGGCGCUUGAUAAGGCGUAUGAUAUAUACUGUUUGGGAGAAACUGAUGGUGAAGUUGUAAAACUCACAUCUUCAGGAUCCACAAGGGAAUACAAAAUAUCAUGCAAGAUCGCUACAAACGUCAAGAUUUAUCCAGCAAGGGGUUCUCAUGAUCUCAAAAGUGUUGACAAUAGUUUGGAUGUAUAUGUUGAUGCUCCUGAUCUCGCAAAUUUCCAUACAAACAAGGAGGCAUUGCAUGUAUUCAAGGCUGUUGCGUUUGAUGCAAAUGCCGUAGCACUUGUACCAUCUCACAACUUUACAUUUUCUUGGUCUUCAUCAUCUCCAUCUCUUGAUGUUCCAUCCGGAGUAACCAUUGACGAUUCUAUAUGCACAUACAAGGCUGAUGUUCCACACACCUUGUCUGCCCAUUUGGAGUGGAAGGAAGUUUAUGAUACAAAAAAUACUAGUUCAAAGAUGCAAGGACUUUUAAAAGCUAAAAAGAUUACAGCACUCAUAUCUGGAGUCUGGAAAAAGGAUCAAACAAAGCGCUACACACAUUAUUUGGCUGACGAAGUUUCUAUUGUCCCCAAACUUCCUCACUUUAUCCAUGCACUUCAUUCUGGACAUGCUACAAAAAUGUCAGUAUUCUAUAAUCCAAAUGUUUUAUACCGCUUCAUGAUACUUGGUGGCUCUGGGGAUUUUACAGAAGUUGCAACCUUUUCAGAGCCAAUAAAAUUUUCUCAUUCACCAACUUUUACGAUUGGUGUAGAUGAUCUUCAUGCUCCGAGUGAUGUUUAUGGGAAACAGGUUAUAGACUUGUUUAGCAGUCUGGAUUUAAAAAAGAUUACGGAUGAAAACGGUACACUGGUUGCAAAAUAUGUCAAUUUUACAUGCGACUAUCCAGCCACAAAGGAGGUUGACGUUUCUGACAAGCUUCUGCUAUGGCAAAAGUCUCAGCAUAUUUCGCUCCAGAUUUCACACGUUUCGAGAAUGGGCAUUUUCAUACGCGAGGACGUUGAAGGCAUGGAUACGGAGGCUGAUGUAGAUGCAGAAAACUACACACUGUUUGUUGGAAGAAAAUACAUUGUAACUGUGCGUGGCUUUGAUGCGAGUGGACUAGUGGUUGCUGGAAUUGCCCCAAAACUCACGAGUAACAGCGCCUCAAUAUCGAUUGAACCAAUUUUGGAACAGUCUCUUGUAUUUUCCAGAUAUUCCAUAAAGGUAAACGCUCCAGGUGCAUACAACAUAAAGGCUGAACUUGGAAAUUAUUCCGGAUUAUCCCAGGAGCCAAAUGGACCAGUGGCAACAUCUUCUGUCACUGUACAAGUUUACAAGGAGGUUCUACCACUUUUCAACUCAAUAACAGUCCUUCCAUAUUCUGAAGGUUUGGAGCUUCCCUUUACGGAACAUAAUGAAUCUUUAAAAAUGACAGUUGUAUCAAGGAAUACCGCUAUAGUAUCAGCAAAGUCACAUGGGUCAAUUUGCAAAUUUAGCACAUUUGGACCAGGAUCAACUUUUAUGGACAUUACUGUCUCUAUAGGAGAUUCUGGAUCAUCCAGCAAAUCCACAUUUUCAAUCCCUGUACACGUAAAGUUCCCAGAAGCUAAAGCGGAGAUUACUACUAGGAACAAGGUGCUAACCCUCGACUCUGCCAUUCCAUUGAUGCUUGUACUGGAUAACUUUACACCAUUUUACCUCGCAACGGAUAAAAAAUGUGUCUACGAGUGGAACUUGGAGGGUCCUGGACAUUUUGUGGAGAAUGGAGACAAAGCUCUACAGGGACCUGCUCUAAGCAACGUUUCAAUAUACGGUAACAAGGAAGGAACGAUUUUCGUCUCUGCAAAGGUUACAUGUGAUGUAAAUGACUCCAAGUUUGAGACGGUCACACCAAAAAUAUCCCAGACUUGCCAAAAACGUACGGAUCCAUUUACGGAUAGAAACGUCUGUCCCAUUACAAUGGCUGAGAAUUCUCUCUACUCGUCAAAGUGGGAUAUUCUAGACGUUAUUUCUGGAACGGAGAAUGUUAUGGAGAUGCUAUCUGGGGAUAUCGUCAAGACUGGUCACCCUGGUGACGUCCUCAUUAAAUCUGUACGUGGAUCACAUCACAUAAAGGUGGAUGAGAUUGCACAAGUUUCGUUGCAAGAUCAGGAUGUUACUGUAAAGAGAGGCGGUAAGCAGGAUUUUAGGAUUCUGCUAAAGGAUGAGUAUGGAUGCCCAAUGCUAGCUCCAUUGGAUUUAUCGUGCAAGGCCUUUUCGAGCAACUCUGACGUUUUACGCGUGACAGUCAUGGGAGAUUCUGUUACAGUUGUGGGUGUUUCUGAAGGUCAUGCUCUCUUUUAUCUGCAAAUUUAUGCCAAUGAUAGAAAUGUUGUAGAGGGAUUCUUUAGAGCCAAUGUCAAAAACUCUAUAAUUCCUCAAGAGGUUUCCGUUGUAAAGGGGUCAAACGUUCAUCACAUUUCUGGAAACACUAGCAGAUUUUUCCUUCGCUUAAAUUUUGGACUUGCAUCAAAGUUUGGUCUUGAUACCCAUGAUGUGGCGUACGCAAAGGUCUCUGAAGAGCUCCACAAGUUGUUGGAAAAGGUUGGAGCCCAUCUGGAGAGCGUUGGAGAACCAAUUGUAGAAACUAUCCCAACAGAAGAAGCUAGAGGUGCAAAGGAAGUUGUUUUGGUAUUCCCACUUGUUUGCAAGUAUAGAGGAGGUAUUGAAGAAUUUUUAAAUGCUACAAACGAGGCCUUUUCCUUCUUGUGCGGGACAAACUCUCUCUUUUCUGCACUAGAGUCUGGACUCUUACCAAUCAGUGAUGAUGACUGGGUAUCUGGCUCUCCGUCCAUCUAUUCUGCAGGAUCUCCGGGAACCGCAAAGAGCGAGGGUAGCUCUGUGAUUGUUCUAGACUCUGAUGUAAAGGGAGAAGGACAUGUUAAUGUCUAUGCUGAAGUGUCCAAGGUAGAAUUUGCAGUUUUGGAUGUCGCUCACCCUGAUGGGCUCGUCAACUUUGGUACUCUGAAACACUCCGAGUUGUAUAGCCCAUAUAUAUUGGUAUCUAGGAUGCAGACAUCUGAGGGGUUUGUUGUGGAGACUACAAACUUUGUAGUCCCAAAUGUGCACAUGGAAUGUAGGUUCCUGGACGACAUCCAUUCGAGAAUCUUCAAAUUUGUGCCGUCCCAACACAUGGUUGGUCAUUGCUUUUAUCCAUCAGCACAUUUGUCAUUUGACACAUCUGCCAAUUGGGAGGGACUUAAGGAAUUUUUAAAAAUUGCAGACUCGAAAAUUGGUGCAAGUUUGCAAUUAAAGGUUUCCCUAUACACCACUAAAAAGAGGGAUAACACUCGUCAAUUGGAUAUUCCACUUUGGAGCUCAAUAUUUGACUGGAAAGCUCCUCAAAUUGUUAAAUUUGUAGACUCACAGGGUAGAGAUGUGAGCGAAGUGUGCCAGGAUACUCUUGGUACAUCCAUUUACGUUUACCCAUUUUAUGGAAGAUACAGCCUCCACUCAGAGAGCAAACACUAUAGCCUGCGCAUUUUAGAACGAUCAGGGCUCUUGUGUAUAUUCAAUAUCGCAAACAAUGGUUUUCAUGAGGACACUAGACUCGUUGUAAAGAAUGGUAAACAGAGCAUUGGAACACUAGCAAUACGCCAGUGCUCUACAAGUACAGAAAAACCUGUACGUGAAAUCAUUAUCGAAAGAACGAAAUACAAGGGUGACUUUUUUUCCUUCUUUACAAUAUCGCUACUCACCUUGUUCCUUUACCUCUUGUAUUCUGUAACGUAUAGAAACGAGAGGUACUAUGAACCAACUGUACCAAUCCAGGUUGAGAGGAAGCUUCCCAAUGUCUUUGAAAAGAUUUACAAGGGUGAUUAUGACAAUAUCGCAAGUGGUGAAGUACACAGGAAACUUUAUGCAUAG